AUGACAGCCCGAUCAGCAAUACCCAAAAUCAGCGCCUCGCAAGAACGUGAGGUUCAUAAAUAUUUACCAACAUACUUAUUGCAAGGUCCAUGCAGCCAAUACAUCUCGAACGACGCCCAGUUAAACGAUGUCGUGCCACGAUCGUGUCCAGAUCCGGUGCUUACAGCCUUUGCCCAGAUGGGUGCUUUGAAACUAAACGCGCAGCGAGCAAUGAUCUCUCUCUUUGGUCGGCACAAUCAAUACGUGCUAGCCGAAGCCACACGAACACUCAGUUUGCAGGACGACGCCGACCACGACCCGGGUGAUGCCCUAUGGGUAGGAUGCUGCCAGUUAGACUAUGAGCAGAGCUUCUGCAAGUAUGUUUUCGACCUGUUUACUUCGGGGGAGUGGCCCGGGAAGAUUGUCGUGAUGGUGCCGAACCUGAAGCAUGAUGCUCGCUUUGCGCAGUCUUGUGAUAUACAGGGGUUUCCCUAUGCGCGCUUUUUCACGUCUGUUCCGAUUGUAUCCCCAAAGGGGGUUGUUAUUGGGGCGUAUACCGUACUCGAUAAGAAGCCUCGGACGCAGCUGGGCCCCAAACCCGCGAAGUUCCUUAGAGAUAUGUCGAAGACGGUGAUGGAUUAUUUGCAAACGACACGAUUAAAAUCCCAGCAUUACCGGGCCGAACGCAUGAUGGUAGGAAUCGGGAGCUUCCUCGAAGGGAAGAGCAGUCUACGUAACACAUGGUUGGAAUCUCGGUGGGAAGAACGAACGGCGUCCAAAGACCAAGAAGCAAUGGAAGGGCAGAUCAACCUAGCACAGCAGACGAAACAAAUGGAGGAUGAGAAAGCGCAAGCAACUAAAGCCACCAAAGAAAGAUCCGCCACUCACCAUCUGCGACCGUCGAUCAAACCCGAGAUAGAAGCUGCAUCAGAUUGGGGUAGUACUACCGAUUCUCUCUCCGGACAGGUAGCAGAUGCUUUCUCCCGUGCAGCAAACAUCGCUCGCGAAGCUAUUGAAGUAGAAGGAGUCGCCUAUUUCGAUGCCAACUUCAGGUCCUACGGUUCGUUGGUUGGCCUGUCACGAUCUGAUUCGGACUUUAGUGGAUCAGAAGGCUCUCCUCUAGGCGAUACUGCUCCAACAAGAACAUCGCACGAUUCGGAAACAUUCACUAAGCUAUCUGAGAUUCUUGCAUUUUCGACAAAGAUGUCAUCCAGCGUCAAUCGCGAACCUGUCGACGAUAGAGCCCCGGCAAUGUCGGAGACUCUUCUAAAGGGCCUAUUACACCGGUACCCGCGAGGAAAGAUCUUUAAUUUCUCGGAAGACGGCAUGCUUUCCUCGAGCGACUACACCGAUGGCGCGUUUCAUGACUUCUCGAACAAUAAGAGCAGCAACAGCAAUGCCCAGGGCGUGAAACGGGCGAGAAAAUACAAGCAAACCCGGCAGAGAGUCCGACAAAAUGAUGCAAAAGCCUUGUUGGAAUUAGCCCCCGGUGCCCGAAGCAUCAUCUUCAUGCCGUUGUGGGAUUCGCACAAGAAGCGCUGGUACUCGGGUUGUAUCGCCUGGACGCGGAUUCCACAGCGCAUCUCCACUCUGGAUGACGAGCUGACCUUCCUUUUCGGCCUUGGGAAUAGUGUUAUGGCAGAGGUCCAUCGGCUGGGAGCAGAAUACGCCGAGCACGCCAAGUCAGAUCUGCUCUCCAGUCUGAGCCAUGAAUUGAGGUCUCCGUUGCACGGGGUGUUUGGUACUGUCGAGCUGUUGAGUGACACUACGUUGUCUGCUUUUCAGUAUGCAAUGGUUCAUGCGAUCAAUUCCUGUGCUAGCACAUUGCUUGACACUAUCGACCACCUUCUCGACUACGCCCGUAUCAACAGACUUCAACAGCCAGGCCGAGACUCUACUGCAAGCCAUAUUGGUCGUGAUUCAUCAUACGCUGACCAGUCAAAAAUCACAACUAGCGCUCAUCUCCCAGUGGCAAAAGAUAUCUCAGAUGCCUUUACCGCGAUACAGCUGGACUCCAUUCUAGAGCAGGUUGUAGAAAGCGUCUUUGCCGGCUACGCCUUCCUGCAGGACCCAAGUAUGCCUUAUCGAAAACUAUCCACACCAAUGGGUAUCUUCCCGAGAAGUCGUGUACAGGCCGACUAUACCGCGGGGAAAGUAAAAGUGAUACUAGUCCUUGAAAACGCUAGCGAUUGGAGGUUUCUGACCGACGCAGGCAAAUGGCGCCUUAUCGUACUAAAUAUUCUCGGAAACGCCCUCAAGUUCACGUCAACUGGACAUGUUUGUGUUACUUUAGACGCCUCUUCUCUGGUAGAUGACCAAAGUGACCCCGGUAAGCCGGAAGAAUCCCAAGUCACUCUCACCGUGGAGGAUACGGGAGUCGGCAUUUCCAAACGAUACGCACGAGAGGAGCUGUUCACGGCCUUUUCCCAAGAAGACGCCCUUUCCAGCGGCAACGGCCUUGGUCUGCACGUUACUCGACGAACGGUUCUAUCCCUGGGCGGAGAAAUCAAGAUCAGUUCCCAGAAAAACGUCGGCACCAAAGUCGUGACGAAAUUGAACCUCCAACGACCCCCGGAGUUCGCCCCUCCUAGCGCUCUGGGCCUGAACGUAUUGGACGCGACACGAGAGAUCACGCGUGGCAAAUCAGUCGCCAUCCUACGAUUAGGAUGGAACAAGGCGGACGAGAUCCUCUGCUCGUCACUGAGUAAGAUAUGUCGAGAUUGGCUUGGUAUGGAUGUACACGUACACAUAGUCAGCGCAAGUGUAUCGCAGCAUCUGCCUCGGUGCGAGUACUAUAUUGUCACGCGCGAGGAUAUGAAUUUGUCGUCUAUCACGCCCGCCCCUGGCGAGCGCUUCGCUCCCCCGGUUAUUGUCCUUUGCUCCUCGCCUGCAAACGCGAGUCGCAUGUACGCCGCUACGCAGGCAGGAGGUAAUGCAAACGUGAUCGAGUACAUCAGUCAGCCAUGUGGGCCUCACAAACUAGCGAAGACGCUGAAACUCUGCAGCUCCAAUCAACAGAUCAAACGCGAGUCAGCUGGUGAACAGGAAAGUCUGUCUAUCCGACCCGCAAGAUCAAGUCCCAAAGUGGAUUUCAUGAGUCCAGAGCAGUACACGAGACCUCUCAAGCUUCCUGAAGUGAGAGUCGCCCAGAUCUCAUCACCAUCUCCUGCUACGUUGUCACCGACUCAGACCAACCCGAAUCAAAUCGACACAACACAAACAGUACUAAUCGUAGACGACAACGAUAUCAACGUGCGAAUUCUGGUCGCAUACAUGAAAAAGCUCGCCUAUGACUACGUAGUAGCACGGAAUGGUCUGGAGGCCCUAAACGCCUUCAAAGCAGAACCCGUCAAAUUCAAGUUGAUCUUAAUGGACAUCUCCAUGCCGGUCAUGGACGGUCUCGACUCAACAAAGCACAUCCGCGACUUCGAGAGACAGGAACUGUUCGCCAACAACAACCCUCCACUAAGAAAACCCGUGACCAUCGUCGCCCUGACUGGUCUAGGGCAGGCGGAUGUUCAGCGUGAUGCCAUAGGGUCCGGUAUGGACUUGUUCCUGACGAAGCCGGUGCCGUUGAAGAAGUUGGCGGAGAUUAUUGAGAAUACAGACGCCUUUACGAGUGCGGGCUUUGGUUUUGAUGGUGUCGAUAUGGCUCAUGAGGGAUGA